CUGUCACUUGAAUGCAGUAGUCCAAGAGUCACUGCCAACGUGUUUUAAGUUGGGUCCAGACAAUUAAAUGACUGGCUAUAGUGCAGACUUAAACCACCAUACCUGAUAAGUUUAGUUUUAUAAUGUUUUCUAGUGGCUUUAAUAUUUAUUCUGUGCCUUUUGGCUCUCAGAUAACAGCUCGAUCACCUUUGUAACUCCAAACUCCUGAAGGCUAUGAACUUUAGAAAUGUAAGAUAAGAGUUUUAUGUGGCCAUUUGACUCCAGGAAUUCGUGUUACAUGCCAAGCUUUACAGCAUCGUCAUGGGAGCUGGCAGCUCACCAGGGUUACCGUGGGUAACCAUGUGACGUUCCUCAAAAUAACCUGUGUCCUUACUGUUCCAUUCAUGUAGAAAUACCCACUCCAGCAUGCUGUCUGUAAGAGAUCUUAAACCACCAAACCUCUCCGCAAAACCUUUACUGAGCAAGUAAAGCAAGAGGUUACAUCCCUCUGCCCUUAAAUCAGCUUAUUUAGAUACUCUUAACUUGUUUUAGGGGAAGUAGAAAUUCUUCCAUUCUGCUUUGGGUUGUUUCCAAACCUGAAGUAGAACACAAUUAUUCUUUGCGUGUUGCACGUUGAAGUACUUGCAGACCUUGCUGGGAGAAAGCUAAUUUGGGGAAGGUGAACAUCAAGAGCCCCAUAAUCAUCUGCCAGGUCUGUAUGCAAGACAGUCUACUGCCAUCCUUCCCAGAAUCCUACAAUGCUUCGCUGCUGAGCAGUUAAUAAGCUAGACCCUUGCAGCACCAAAAGGUCUGGCUUCCAAUGUGGUUCCAAUGUUCCUUGGAGAACUGUCCCCCAAAAAUCUGAGAGGUGCUAUUGGGGUAGUACCCCAGCUCUUCAUCACUCUAGGGAUCCUUGUAGCUCAGAUCCUUGGUCUCCACAGAAUCCUCGGGAAUGACGAAGGCUGGCCUGUGCUGCUGGGGCUCACUGGGAUCCCAUCCCUAAUUCAGCUCCUCACACUGCCCUUCUUCCCUGAGAGUCCCAGAUAUCUGCUGAUACAAAAGGGCAACGAAGAGCAAGCUCGACAAGCUUUACAGAAGCUGAGAGGCUGUGAUGAUGUGGAUUAUGAGAUAGAAGAAAUGCGCCAAGAAGACCUGUCAGAAAAGGAAGGAGGACAUUUCUCUGUGCUCAGCCUGUGUACCUUCAGAGCCUUGCGAUGGCAGCUCAUCUCUAUUGUGGCCAUGAUGAUGGGACAGCAGCUGUCUGGGAUUAAUGCGGUCUUCUACUACGCAGACAGUAUCUUCCAGUCAGCAGGUGUGCCUGAGAACGAUGUCCAAUAUGUGACCGUGUCGAUAGGUGCCAUCAAUGUUGUUAUGACUUUGCUUGCUGUUUUCAUCGUGGAAUCCCUAGGAAGGAGAAUCCUUCUCCUUGCUGGCUUUGGUUUAUGCUGUGUCUCCUGUGCAGUGCUAACUUUGGCCCUCAGUCUCCAGACCACUUUCUUAUGGAUGUCUUACCUCAGCAUUGUGUGCGUCAUUGUUUACAUCAUUGGGCAUGCUAUUGGAGCCAGUCCAAUUCCUUUUGUGAUGAUCACGGAGAUGUUCCUCCAGUCAUCCCGGCCUGCGGCGUUCAUGGUGGGUGGGUCUGUGCACUGGCUAAGCAACUUCACUGUGGGGUUUGUGUUUGUCUACAUGGAGGAGGGACUGGGGCCCUACUGCUUUCUCAUCUUCUGUGCCAUCUGCCUCACCACGAUAGUUUACAUCUUCUUCAUUGUUCCUGAAACAAAGAACAAAACCUUCAUGGAAAUCAACAGGAUCAUGGCCAAGAGGAACAAGGUGGAAAUUCCUGAAGAUGAAGAGUUUAAGGAUUUCCACACUGUCCCAGGUGGACAGGCAGUGAAGAAAGAAAUCUCCAGCAGUGAGCUGUGACCUAGCCCAGCGUUUGGCCUGGCACAGACAUAUUUCAGUAUC